CCGGCGUCACGCAUCCUCGUCUGCUGCCGCUCCAGUUUAAUUCACAUUUGCAACACAGCGAGGUGAUCGGCUAUGGCGACUGCCACUGUGGGUCCGAGCCGCUGUCAACAUACCCUGGACAAAGACCAAGAGCUAUUUCUGGAUCGGCUGUCUGCGAGCGAGAGGAGAAAUAUCUUGAGGAGAUCUAAUAAAGAGAAGAAACGGACAGUGGCCGCAGCAGCAUCUCUGGAUCAUUUGCAUCCUCCUGCAAACACUGUGGCGCAAGGGAACCGGGAAGGCAGUGUAGCGCUACACUCAUGCAAAAGAGUCGACGUUGCGGUUAACGACCAUGCAAACUCUAUUGAAUCUGUAGAUCUGACAGGGACACGUUCAUCCCCGGCCGCUGCGGAAGUGCUAUUGAAACAGGAUAACAACAGGGUCCAGACAGACGGGGGGCAGCUUAAACCGAACGGAAUAGUUUGCAAAAGUGGUGCCGGUGCAAAACGUUUGACACCCUGCACGCAAAACGAUCCUAACCCGCAGGUUGUGCCGAAAGGUGCUAAAGAACCGGAAUCAGGUUCUGUCAUAAGUGGUCAGCAGAACUUUCAGAGGGGCGCCCGGCGAUCAUCGCAAGUGACUUUACAUCAGGCGCUGGAUUUCAGCGCUCUGAGUGAAGCAAACGGGUUUAGCGCACACAGCAUCAGCAGCAGCAACACUAGCAGUCGUAACAAGAUGCCAAUCUUAACCCAAGGGAGAUCGGGAGUGGUGAAGAUGAUGCGACACGAGCCGCCGCGGAGGGAGGCAUGGUCCAUCUUUGGACAGGAGGACCCGAGAGUGAAGAAGGAGAGGGGAGAGGGGCACUGCUUCAGCCUGACCCCUGUCACUCACGACUGGUGUGAUGCGUGUAAUCGCCAGGUGAGCUGUCAAGCGCUCAGGUGUAAAAACUGCAGCUACACUUGUCAUCAGGAAUGCCGGAGCCUCAUUCAACUGGACUGCAACCAACAGGAGAAACAACUGGAGGAUAAGCCCUCUCCAGGGAGCCCUGUGCUGCAGAGGAGAGCCAAGAAUGUCACACAACCACAGCCCCGACAACCACAACAACAGGAAGAAAAACCAAAGGUCCUUUCAGAGGAGGAGAUCAAGAGGAAGAUAGAGGAGUACAACUCCAAAGUGUCGGACUGCUUUGGAAUGAAACUGGGUGAGGAUGGAAUCUACACCGGGUUCAUCAAGGUGAACCUGAAGCUGCGGCGGCCGGUGACUGUCCCGGCAGAGGUGCAUCCCACAGGGGACAACCAGACCCCAGGCUUGGACAAGAGGACCUCCUUCUACCUGCCCCUGGACGCGGUCAAGCAGCUGCACAUCAGCAGCACGACGACAGUGAGCGAGGUCAUCCAGGGCCUGCUCAAGAAGUUCAUGGUCAUCGACCACCCCAAGAAAUUUGCACUUUACCGGCAGACGCACCGCGAUGGCCAAGAUCUCUUUCAGAAGCUGCCAGUCUCAGAUCACCCGCUGUUGCUGAGGCUGCUGACUGGCCCUGACGCUGACCUGCUGACUUUCGUACUGAAAGAAAACGAGACGUCGGACGUGGAGUGGCAUGCCUUCUCAGUCCCAGAGCUGCAAAACUUCCUGACGAUACUCGAGAAAGAGGAACAGGACAGGAUCAAGCAGGUGCAAAAGAAAUACGUUUUGUAUCGACAAAAACUGGAACAGGCUUUAAAAGAGGCAGGAGAGAAGCCUGGAUAAGUGAAAACUAGAGACCAGAAAGAAACCAGAAUAGACGUUCAUUUGAAAACGUUCCACUCAGGACACUUUCGGCCGGUCUUUUUGCGAGGGAAACUGAAGGUAAAAGCCAGAAGAGGUUGGAAGCGUACUUUUAAACGUGCCCACGUGCUGGCGGGACUGUGCCAGUUAGGACCACCCUAGGAUUAUAUAUUGAUGGUCUCUGGAUAGACCGUGUACAAUGCUGCUGCUGCUACUGCUACAAGUGCUACUUAGCAUGUUUUAUGAUUACGCUGGGUUACGUUUGCAUGACUCUGCCACUGUUGUGCGAUGGGGAGACAGAAGUCUUUGUUUUAAACUAACAAUCAUUUUUAAAGGCUUUUAAUGCUUUGGAUAUCGAUUAUAGAAGGCUAUCCUAAAUGGAGCAUGGUAUAUCUGGUAUAGCCAGUAAAAUCCCACAAUUUCCACUGGCUUACCCAAAUCCCUGAGGCUGAGAAUGGAAAAGGCCAGGAUGACACAGACUUAACAAUAAUACGGUGCUCUACUGUAGGUUUGUGAGUCUGUUUCUCCUCCGAUCUUCUGAGGAACUCAAGUUUAAGAAGUAGAAUAUUAGGUGUGCUGCCUAAAAAUGUUACAAUUGCAUGAUGUCAUGGUUAUACAUAGUAUUGAGAGGCUGUUGUGGAGUCACAGUAAUUCACUGAUUGGACAAAUCCAUGUCUGGUUUGCCUUGCUUAGCUGAAUGGAUCCUUUUGAUCUGUGCGCAAACCGGCUGUGUGUUUCUUGUGCAAGAUUUGGAGGUUUGAACGAGAUUAAAAGGCAUGAUAACCAAAUGAAGUUCAGAUUCCUUAAAUGUUGCUUUCUGUCUAGCACAAAAUAUUGAUCGCUCGACACAAGGCUGGGGGGCCGUGCUUCUUUAAGCACUUACUCAGUUCAUGGCCGUUUCUAGGUUUGGCCACGAGUACGAAGUACUGUGAAUCACAGGAAGAAAAAAGACAACACCAGAAGCACUGCAGUAUUUUACCGCUGCCACAUUUAAGCCGUUCGUGAUUAAACCAAAACCCAAACUGCAUGGGCAUUAUUAGGUUCUGUAAUACCCUCUCUGCGAUACAGUAUUCAAGGAUAACAAUGGAUAUGUCCAAGCUGAAGUGACUGUGAAUAUCAACGAGUUAACUGCCGCACUAAUCCAACAUACAAACACUGUUCAUCCAGAGUCAGUGCCUGUAGGUGUUUCAUGCAUACCCCCGGUGCCUAAUUAAGAAUGAUAACGUUUAAACACUGCACUGUGGUCCAUAAUAUAUAAAACAGUACGAGGCUUGUAUAGUGUCUGUCGCUGGCAGCCCUGUUUAGUGAGUAGCUAAACAGAUUCUAAUCCACAGCCUUGGAAACCAGAGUGCUGGGACAAAUUACACAGUAAAGGGAUCUCUCAGAAUAAAACAAAUCCAAUACCCCCCCCCCCCCAUCAAGUUACCUUGAAUAAAUGAGAAGCGCUUGCCCAUAUCGUCAUGUAUAAAUAUUACGUUCUGAACAUGAAAUUACAUGAUGACUAACAGGCAAUGUUUGUCCCAGCACUAGUUUUUAUUGAAUUUCAUUUUUUAAGCCCUAUGAUCGUACAACUAGACC